AUGGGCGUGCCUGACUGGCUUGAUGACUCUCGGAAUCCCCCUGCGUGGAUUGUCGCCAUCUAUCCUCUCCUAAUAUUCCUUCUUGCCCUUGUCUGCCACUUCCAGAUGCAGGAUUUUGUUGAAAGCUUUCCGCUGGCGCCAGAUGAUUCUGCAGCUACAAAAGAAAACGAAACUUCAGACAUAGGAGAUACAUCAUCCAUGGAGUACGACUUGAUUCCGCCGGGUUGUGCGGAUAUUGUCACAGAACAGACAGACCCUGCGGACGGAAUUAAUCCAACCGCCGAAGUUCCCGAAGCUCGAGUUCCACCCUGUAGGGACGAAUCUUCGGGACACAAGAGUGUCAGCAAAACCGAAGGAGUCUCACGCCCUAAGCAGUCGAAAUACACCAAAGGAGUUCUCAUUUAUGGCCUCCAAAUUCUUCUAGCACAUCGGCUUGGAGCUCUAGCCACGAGACGAGUGCAGGAGACCCACAACCUUGCAGACAAAUUCCUAGGGUUGCUGGCAAUGUCUGUCGUUACUUUGUUGGUCCUGAUAUCUGUUGGACAUCUGGAAACCUCCAGAUCAGUGACACUCCAGGGGUAUCGCACACAUAGAAGAUACGAACCGCUCACAAGUCUAUCAGACCCUUGA